CCCGCCUUCCGACGGGGGUGCGGCUCCAGGAAACGGCGCGCUCUCCGCUCGGCGCUCCGGGGACCGACGCUCCCCGGCCGGCCGCCCCCGGCGUCUCAGCCAGACCCACCGGCGGCAGCCCGGACAGCGGCCCGGGGCCGAGCCUCAGGCACCUCCGCACCGACGGGGCGGGCAGCGCGGCCAGGAGCCGGGAGCCAUGGGGACCGGGGCGGGGCCAGCGGUCGCGGGCCAGCGGGAGCCGGGGCUCUGAGGAGCGGGGCGGCGGGGCCAUGACCUCGGUGUGGAAGCGCCUGCAGCGCGUGGGCAAACGGGCCGCCAAGUUCCAGUUCGUGGCCUGUUACCACGAGCUGGUGGUGGAGUGCACCAAGAAAUGCAUUCUCCCCCCACCUUUGUUGUUCUGAGCCCAGAAGGGUCCUGCCUCUGCUUUGCUCUGCUCUGACCCUAAGAAGCACUUCACACAUAUUGCAACCGGAUAAGUUGGUGGUGGUGUGGACCCGGCGGAACCGACGCAUCUGCUCCAAGGCCCACAGCUGGCAGCCGGGCAUCCAGAACCCUUACCGAGGCACCGUGGUGUGGAUGGUACCUGAGAAUGUGGACAUCUCCGUGACCCUGUACAGGGACCCCCACGUGGACCAGUAUGAGGCCAAAGAGUGGACGUUUGUUAUUGAAAAUGAGUCCAAGGGGCAGCGGAAGGUGCUGGCCUCAGCCGAGGUGGACCUGGCCCGCCACGCGGGGCCCGUGCCUGCCCAAGUUCCGCUGCGGCUGCGGCUGAAGGCCAAGUCGGUGAAGGUGGUACAUGCGGAGUUGAGCCUCACCCUCUCGGGGGUGCUGCUGCGAGAGGGCCGUGCCACGGACGAUGACAUGCAGAGUCUGGCGAGCCUUAUGAGCGUGAAACCUAGCGACGUGGGCAACUUGGACGACUUUGCUGAGAGUGACGAGGAGGAGGCUAAUGGUCCAGGGGCCCCUGAGGCUCGGGCUCAUGCCCCCCAGCCAGGCCGGGGCGGUGCCCUCAGGCCGGGGCGGCUCCCAGAUCCCGCUCGGGAGCUGAAGACACUCUGUGAGGAGGAGGAGGGCCGAGCACAGCCCCGGCAGGCAGCUGCCAGCCCGUCUAGUACUGAGGAUACCAGCCCAGCCCCUGUGAGUGUCCCUGCGCCCCCAGCCAGGGCCUCCCGGGGCCAGGGGUCAGAACCAGCUACUGUAGUCGGGGGCCAGGUGGGGCCUGAAGCCCCAAGGCCCCCCGGAACCCCACUGGAGACAAGGUCCUCAAGACAUCCAGACCAGGAUUUGGCCCCCAUCCCGGCCCCCCGGCUCCGGAAAGGCUCUGAUGCCCCCUGGCCCUCAGUCCCCCAAGGGAAAGAUGAGGCACCCAAAGCCUCAGGGGCUCCCCCAGCAGGAGUGGGUUUUGCUGGGGAGACCCAGGCCCAGGCAAGCCCUCAGGAAGGGACAGAGGCCCAGGGAGCCAGGCCGAGCCCAGGCGUUGAGGAUGGAGGCUGCAGAAACUCUUUGGGAGGGCAGAAAGUCAAGGCUGAGGAAGGCACCAUUGGGGUCAGGCCAGAGGCCAGUGGGGUGGACACUGAGCAGGGGUCAGGACCCAGAGGCGUGGACACCAAGAGGUCAGAGGUCAGAACUGGGGAGGCUGAAGAGAGUUCAGAAGUUAGUCAAGUGGAUGCUGAGCAGAGGUCAGAGGUGAGACAUGUGGACACUAAGGGACCAGAGGCUGCAGGGUUGAUGUCUGAGGCAAGGUUCAAGGGAACUCCUGAGGCUCCUCUGAGGGCCUCUCAGGGGAGGACAGGGGUCAGGACGCGGGAUGAGGCUCCUACUGUCCAGAGCUCAUCACCCCCAGCAGAGCCUGCAGGGCAUUCCAGGCAUCUCAGUGACUCUGAGGGGUCCAGGGCUGCUGCAGGCCAGGAGAGAGAGGGUGCAGAGGUGAGGGGCGGGGCCUCUGGUGUUGGGGGGACAGGCCUGGAGCAGGGCCCCUCUGUUGGAGCAGCAAGCACCAGGCCCCAGGUGAGCAGGCCCCAGGAAGCCCCACCCACAGCUGACCAGGGGGCAAUGUCUAGGGAUCUGGGGGUCUGGGAGGCAGAAACUGGGGUCUUGAGCGUCCCGGGAACAGAGAUGGGGAUGAUGGAAUCAGAGGUUUUGGGGACCCAGGAGACAGAGGCAGUGAGAUCAGGGGUCCCUGAGUCAGAAGCCGCUGGGAUGGCAGAGUCUGAGGAACCGGAGACCCAGGAAACAGAGGCUGGGGCUACAGGAGUUCUGAGAACAAAGACGGGGGUGGCAGAGACUGAGCUAUUGGGGGCCCAGGUGAUAACAGGGGGCUCAGGGGUACUGAGAAUAGAAGCUGAGAUAGCAGAGCCUGCAAUAUUGGGGGCCAAGGAGACAGAGGUGGGAGGGUCAGGGGUCUCAGCAGUAAAAUCUGAGGCAUCGGGGACUCAGGAAACAGAAGUAGGAGGUUCUGAGGUUCCAGGGUUUGAGGCUGAGACAACAAAGGCAAAGGUACUGGGGACCCAGGAGAAAACAGCUGAGGGUUCAAGGGUCCCCGAGAUAGAAUCUGAGGUAGCAAGAGUCCACGAAGCAGAGGCAGAGGGUCCAGGGGUCCCAGGGGUGGGGACUGAGACAGCAGAAGCUGAGAUAUUGGGGACCCAGGAGGUAGCAGCUGGGGGUUCAGGGGUCCCAGGGGUGGGGACUGAGACAGCAGGAGCUGAGAUAUUGGGGACCCAGGAGGUAGCAGCUGGGGGUUCAGGGGUCCCAGGGGUGGGGACUGAGACAGCAGAAGCUGAGAUAUUGGGGACCCAGGAGGUAGCAGCUGGGGGUUCAGGGGUCCCAGGGGUGGGGACUGAGACAGCAGGGGCCCAGGAGACAGAGAUGGGGGAUUCAGGGGACUCAGGGCCAGAGGUUGGAAUGGCAGAGGCUGAGGGACUGGGGACUCCACAGACAGAAAGGCCCGCUUUGGAGGCUGAGAACGCUAAGGGCUCUGGGGUUCUGGAGGGAGGGACCGGGCUCUGCGGGAGCUUCAUGUAUGAGGCGUUAAAGGCCCCAGUUACUAAGCACAGAGUUUUAAGGUCCCAGGGAGCAGAGGCAGAGACUGCAGUGUUGAGGGUCCAGGAGUUGGAGGCUGGGGAUUUGGGGAUUUCAGAGGCCAAGUCUGGGGAGUGGGGGGCCCCUGAAGCAGCGGUGGAAGUUUUAGGUCCUCCGGAGAACCAAUCUGGUGUUUUUGAGGCCCAGGAAGCAGAGGCUGGGGUCUUGGGAACCGAGAAGGGGAGAGAAGCUGAGGCUAGCCUGAUUGAGACGCAGGCGGCCAGUGGGGCAGGGGCUGGGGUGCCCAGGCCCUCAGGGGCCUCUUCCCCAGAGGAGCCUGAAGAGGACAGGAGGCUGCCCGGCAGCCAGGCACUGCCUGCCCUGGUCAGCUCCAGCCAGUCCCUACUGGAGUGGUGCCAGGAGGUCACCGCUGGCUACCGUGGCGUCCGGAUCACCAACUUUACUACAUCCUGGCGCAACGGUUUGGCUUUCUGUGCCAUCCUGCACCGAUUCUACCCAGACAAGAUCGACUAUGCCUCCCUUGACCCACUCAACAUCAAGCAGAACAACAAGCAGGCCUUCGAUGGCUUCGCGGCCCUGGGCGUGUCCCGGCUGCUGGAGCCCGCGGACAUGGUGCUGCUGUCGGUGCCGGACAAGCUGAUAGUCAUGACCUACCUGUGCCAGAUCCGCGCCUUCUGCACGGGGCAGGAGCUGCAGCUGGUGCAGCUGGAGGGCGGUGGCCGGGCCGGCACGUACCGCGUAGCCAGCACCCAGUCCAGCCCGCCCGACGACCUGGACGCCAGUGGCCUGGCACAGAGGCUGCGGGAGCACCGGGCAGAGUCGCCCGAGGAGCCCAAGGAGCCGAAGGAGGCCGCGAGCCGCGGGGAAGGGGCGGCCCCCGAGGAGGCUUCCAAGGACCAAGGGGCCGAGGCCGCCCAGGAGGCGCGCUCUGCGGAGGCCCCGGCGGAGGGCCCCGGAGCCCGCGCGUCGGUGCCCGCGGCCGAGGCGCUGGUGAACGGGGCCGGGGCGCCGGGCGCGGGAGGCGGCGUGCGGCUGCGGCGGUCCUCGGUGAACGGGGAGGCCGGGCCGGUGCCCCCGCCCCGCGCGCACGGCUCCUUCUCCCACGUGCGGGACGCCGACCUGCUGAAGAAGAGGCGCUCGCGGCUGCGGAACAGCAACUCCUUCUCCGCAGACGACCCCGACGCGGGAGCCACGGCCGCGGAAGGCCUGAGCCCUGCCCCCAGCCCACCUCCAGCCCCAGCCCCACAGCAGCCCUCUGGUGGCAGUCCCCCAUUGGAGGAGCCAUCCCCAAACCCAGGGGAAGAGGCUGGGCUGCAACGGUUCCAGGACACAAGUCAGUACGUGUGUGCAGAACUACAGGCCCUGGAACAGGAGCAGAGGCAGAUAGAUGGGCGGGCAGCUGAGGUGGAGACGCAGCUGAGGAGCCUUAUGGCAUCAGGUGCCAACAAGCUGCAGGAGGAGGUGCUGAUCCAGGAGUGGUUCACACUGGUCAACAAGAAGAACGCCCUCAUCCGGAGGCAGGACCAGCUGCAGCUGCUCAUCGAGGAGCAGGACUUGGAGCGGAGGUUCGAGCUGCUGAGCCGGGAGCUACGGGCCAUGCUGGCCAUCGAAGACUGGCUGAAAACGGCGGCGCAGCAGCACCGAGAGCAGCUCUUGCUGGAGGAGUUGGUGUCGCUGGUGAACCAGCGCGACGAGCUGGUCCGGAACUUGGACCACAAGGAGCGGAUCGCCCUGGAGGAGGACGAGCGCCUGGAGCGCGGCCUGGAGCAGCGGCGCCGCAAGCUGAGCCGGCAGCUGAGCCGGCGCGAACGCUGUGCGCUGAGCUGAGCCGCCGCCGGAGUCCUCGGCUUUCCGGCCGCCGCCCCGGCGUGCGCUCCCGACGACCCGGCCCCUCGGCUGCCGCGCGCGGCCUGUAGGGGCCGCUGUCGCUCCUUCCCCGGGAGGCGGCGGGUGCCGCGCCCUCGGGCCGUAUUUAUUUGUCUGUGUGUGAGUGUGUGCGUGUUCGCGGGGGCUGGGGGUCCCCGGAGCGCCGCGCAGAACCCCUCCUCGACGGCAGGGCCCGGGUGGCCAGCCCCAGGGGAGCAGGUGGCUGUGAACUGCCGCGCCCGCCCCUCGCUUCCUGUUCCCUGUGAGCAAUAAAGUUGGACAAGGCCAC